CACGCGACGGUAUGGCUAUUUUACAGAUUGUUUCAACUUCAUCCGAGAUUCUUCUACACUCGCAAACGUAGUCUGUGCGAGUUAAGUGUACACCGAAAUAUAAUAACAAUAUGGUCUCAAAACUGUUUGUUUCCGUGUUCGUGCUCAUGUCCGUGGUGGGUGUGUCGUACUCCGUGACCGAAGGAGAUGAUGAUGCCGCAAAGGUGGCUGACAAGGACGUAGACCUUCAUCCUGUCAACCAGGAGGAGCUCAAAAAAUUUUUGUCGAUGAUGGAGAAAGUCGACAUCGACCAAAUACUGAACAACAACAGGUUGAUGUCGAACAACGUCAAAUGCUUUCUGAAUGAAGGACCGUGCACGGGCCAACUCAGGGAAAUGAAAAAAAUGGUACCUAUGCUAGUCAAAGAUAGUUGUUCAUCGUGUAAUAAAGAACAAAAGAACAUGAUGAAAAAAGCUAUGGACGCGAUGAAAGCUCGACGUCCAAAUGAGUACGAACAAAUUUCCAAAUUUUUUGAUCCAGAGGGAAAAUACGAAAAGAAAUUUUUAGAGAACUUAAACGAAUCGAAAUAAGCAUUUUAAAAAUAAAAAUGUUAUCAUAAUAAUAUUUCAUGUAUUCUUAUUCACAGCUAAAUGUUACCAUCUGCAGUUAAAUUAACCAUUGUGAUUUCACUAUUUUAUGUAAUAUAUUGUUAAUAUUAUUAUUAUUAUCAUAUAGGAUGAGUACUUAGAGAGCAAACAAAGUAGUUAUAUGAAAAAAAUUAGUUUAUAUUUAUAAUAAAAUAUUGAUAUUAUUAGUAAAAUAAAAUAAAUUUAAA